CUGAGACACAUGAAACAUGAACACCACUCGAGAAACAUCUGAACGUUGGGAGCAUAUCUUCACAGUGAUUAUAUACGCAUAAACCAUAUAGAAACCACAUGAUUGGAUUGAGAACAAAAAAAAAGAUGCAUAGAACUUUUGUCAGGAUAUAUUUUUAGGUCGGGUCGAAAGUAAAAAAUGGACGUUUUCCCGGAUCUCGUAUUCGGCCCAAACCAUCUAGUGUUGUGGAUUAUAUAAUACGGCAGCGUUUUGUGAUAGACUCUCUCAUCAAGUCAACGACUCAACAUCAACCUAUAGUGUUGCGCAUUGUCUAAAACGGCAACGUUUUGGUGGUUACAUCAACAUAAACGCCAUACGAGGAAACUUCCUAAAGAAGGCAACAAAACAAAAGCAUCAGAUCACAAGCCGCGCGAGUUGACUCUCUCUCACUUCAUUAUUAUUCAUAGAAUUUCGUAUUUCAUUUUCACAUGAAACAUCACUUCUCUAUCCCUUUCGCUUUCGCUAUCGCAUCUCCGCCCCACGUGUCAACGAAUAAUCGGAAAUGCCCCGCCGAAACGACGGCGAUCGUGGUCGUUUCACAUCCACCGCGCUCCUUUUCAUCGGACUCAUCUCGUGUCUUAUCGUCUACGCCGUCUUCUUCAAUCUUCUCCGUCCACGUCCCCGAGACCACACGCUAGAUUCCGCAGUUCCGUUCACGGAGUCGGGAGAUCGCGGGGGUGUAGAUGGAGGCGGAGGAGGAGGGUGUUGCCGUGGAGUUGGUGAUUUGGAGCUGUGGGGUCCGGCGGUGAAGUGGGGGACGGAUUUCAAGUUUGAUUCUCCGGGUGAAUGUUGUAAGGCGUGUAAAGCUAUGUGUAGUGGUAACGGUGGGCCUUGUUUGUGUGAUUCGUGGGUGUUUUGUGGGAAUAAAGAGGCUUGUGGGUCCAAGUUUGGUGAGUGUUGGUUGAAGAAGCAAAAGGAUGUCUUGGUGCCUGAUCGACAGGAAGGUGGGCAGAAAGUUAUGUGGACAUCUGGGCUUAUCUUCGGACAUGGCCAGGGCAUUGUUGGAUUUGAGACAGAACACGGUGUACUUCAUGUCAAACUUCACCCUGAAUGCGCUCCUCACUCAGUGUAUUACAUUCUUAGUUUGUUAACUCUGCGACACUGCGCAGGCUGCCAGUUUCAUCGGGCAGAGAACCGAGGAUCAUAUUGGGACUCAGAAGGCAAUCAUAUUAACAAUGCUCCCUAUGGUCCACCAUACGCCAUGAUUCAAGGCAUACUCCAACCCGAGGGAAACAUAUUCACACCAAUCCCAACCGAGCACUGCCCAACCAUAACCCGUGGCUCUGUUGCAUGGGUCGGCUCAGGACCAGAAUUUUUCAUCAGUCUAGCAAACCACCACGAAUGGAAACAAUCUUACACUGUUUUCGGCUCUGUUUUACCAGAAGACAUGGACGUUGCUGAGAAGAUUGCAGGUUUACCAACAAUAUCUGAUGUCUGGAACAGCGUUAAUGUCUCAGUUCUCGAGAAACCGGUUUCCUUAACCGUACGGAGAAUGAAGUCGGGCCAAGAACAAUCAGAACCCGGUUCGUGAAGCACAAUCGAUAAAAUGAGCUCAGUAUAGUUCUUGUUUAUCUAUUUUUUUCCUCAUUGUGCAUAAUAUGAUAGUGAUGCUGCGCAAAAAAAAGGCUGAGGAUUUUUUUUUGCUUUUAAAUGGAAGUUAUUGGUUACUGCUAUAUUUCCAAAUUUUC